AUGGCGGUCAAACUGCUUCGUGUCAAAAUAUGAAAUCAAAAAAUGUGAUUUUGACGGGCUAGAAUUCAAGACGCUUUAGUAGAAGAAGAAUACCAGUAUAUCCUCUAUCGUUUAGUCUUGGAGAAUUUUUUUAAGUGAAAUCAACCGCUACAAUCAGAUAGAAUGGAGAAAGUUUCUUCGUACACUGGUGCUAUGUUCGACAAACUCGACAAGCUUAAGACGGCAGCUAUUGGCGCCACAGUCACGGCUUAUUGUGCUACUAAGAGUGCUGUAGGGGCUGUCAGUGCACUAAUUGGCAAUCCGUUGACUAAGGAUUAUGAAGUGGGCAGACAUAUUGCUAGUUUUGGACCGAAUUUGGCUUGGAAAGUGUUGGAAGGAAAGACAAAAACAACAGGCCAGGAAGCGUCAAUCUUUGUAUUCGAGAAGAGACUAUUGGACACAGUUGAUAAGCAAGACAGACAGACGGUUUUGGAAUGCAUGAAAAAAGGGGCAGUCCAGCUUACUAGGUUACGACACCCACGGAUUCUCAUGAUACAACAUCCUCUAGAGGAAUCAAAGGAUUGUUUAGCAUUUGCAACAGAACCAGUAUUUGCAAGCUUAGCUAAUUUACUAGGAAGACAUGAACACAUGCCGACACCACCUCCUCCAGAAUUUGCCAGCUUUGAACUUUAUGAAGUUGAAAGAGUAUAUGGACUAUACCAGCUUGUAGAAGGUCUGAUGUUUCUUCACAAUGAUGCCAAGAUACUUCAAGGAUGCUUGAGUCCAGAGAACAUUAUGGUAACCAAAAAUGGGCACUGGAAGAUUAGUGGCUUGUUCUUUAGCUCUAUGCCUUCAAUGAUUGAUGGACAGUCGUCAUACAAUGGAUGUCAGUGGGAGCCACGCCUCUACCCAUUUGCACAACCAGAUCUUAAUUACGCUGCACCAGAGUAUAUCUUAUCCAGGUCAUGUGACGUGUCGAGUGAUAUGUACUCACUUGGUGUGCUGAUAUAUGCAAUAUUCAAUAAAGGUCAAACUCCAUAUUCAUGCGAUAACAACAUGGCAGCAUUCAAAAGAAACGUGGAACAGAUGUCAAAGCACAGUGUGGCUGGUCUUGGUGAUGUACCACAGGAACUCCAUAGUCAUGUGACAAGGUUGCUUAGCAUGACGCCGUCAUUGAGACCUGAUGUUCAUGAAAUGACCAAAAUUUCAUACUUUGAGAAUGUUGCUGCAUUAACGCUUCAAUAUCUCGAUUCUCUGAUGCAACGUGAUGACAUGGCCAAGGCGCAAUUCUUCAAAAGUCUCUACAAAAUUAUGUCUAAACUUCCCAAGCGAGUAAUUGUACAGCGCGUACUUCCCCAGCUGUGUCUUCAGUUUAGUAACCACAAACUUGUGCCAUUUGUGCUUCCCAAUGUUUUACUAAUAACCGAAGACUGUACUGCAGAAGAGUACACCAAACUCGUUUUACCUGAACUGAAACCUGUUUUUAAAAUACAAGAACCUGUGCAGGUGACUAUAAUAUUUCUGAAGAAGUUAGAUCUGUUGUUAAGCAAAACGCCGCACGAUUCUAUCAGAGACGAUGUGUUGCCGAUGGUGUUCAGAGCUCUAGAGGCCACAACCACUGACAUACAGGAGAUGGUAUUAAAUGUGAUUCCUAACUUUGCUCCUAUGGUGGAGUACACUCUAAUGAAAAACUCUGUCAUUCCUCGCAUCAAAACCCUGUGUCUUCAAACAUCUUCUUUAGCGGUUCGCGUCAAUUCUCUGGUCUGUAUUGGUAAAGUACUAGAACACCUGGACAAGUAUUACGUCAUGGAGGAUAUCCUUCCCUUUUUAUCGCAGAUUCCUUCACGAGAAGCUCCCACUUUGAUGGGAAUAUUAGGUAUUUAUAAACAGACGAUGGUCCAUACAAAGCUUGGCAUGGAUAAAGAUUACCUCGCCAUGAAAGCCAUUCCCUUCUUAUUUCCUCUGUCAGUUGAACCAUCACUUAACUUGAAACAGUUUACUCAGUUCAUGGCGAUUAUAAACGAUAUGAUAAACCAAGUACAGGUAGAACAUAAAGCAAAGCUUGAACAGUUACAAAAGAUGCAGGAACAAACACAGUCGUCAUUAAAGUUUGCACAAGAAGCAGAAGAAGCGAAAGCAUUGGAUAAUCUGACAUCUUUGAUAGACAAGGCAUUUAAUGAGAGACCCUCUAGCACGACAGUCGAAGAGAAAAAAUCCAUAGGAUCUCCAAGCACCAGUGCUGCGACUAAGAAUGCCGAGUUUAACAAACUGUUCGGGUUGUCAGACAGUAGAGGAAGUCUAAACGAAGAUAUUCUUGACGCCUUUGAUAUGUCAGCCUCACUUUCAUCUUCAAACAAGCCCCGUCAAUCAUCUUCAUCGCCAUCAUUCUCACCAAAGCAAAGCCCGCAAACCAAUCGAUCUCUAAGAAACCUCUCUCCAAGUCCUUCAUCGUCUACGAGCCAGCUAUCAAAACCUUCUUAUGGCAACUCUAGUAAUCUAGCAAGCACAAACAGCGGUGGUGCCUCUAUGACGGGAUCCAGCAGCAUGGGAUCCCUGUCUUCGUCAAGUAACACCGGAUAUAAAAGCACUUCUUCGGUGGGAGGAAUGGUAACUCGUAGCAACAACAUGAAGCCUGGUGUGUCUAUGGCAACGAGCUCAAGUAAUAUGUCAUCAAUGUCGCGGAGUGGAGUCGGGAGUGGGACUUUUACUUCGAUGCCAGCAAAUCUUACUGGAAUGGGUUCCAUGUCAAUUAAUUCGUCCAGUAGCUAUGGCAAUAGGUCUAGUAACUAUGGAAACAUGUCGAGUAGUCAUGGGAACAUGUCUGGUAACAACAUGAUGGGUAGUCAUGGAAAUAUGUCUGGUAGCUAUGGUAACAUGUCAACCAGCCAUAGCAACACGUCGACUAGCCUUAGCAACACGCCAAGUAACUAUGGUAACAUGUCGAGUAACUAUGGUAACAUGUCGAGUAACUAUGGUAACAUGUCGAGUAACUAUGGUAAUAUGUCGAAUGUCAAUCAAAUGAGUGCUAGGUCGAUAGGGAGUGGGAUAAUGACUCCAGCAACUGCCAAUCAGUCUUCUAUGCCGCAAAGUUCUUCAGGACAAAAGAUGUGGACACCAGCCAGUGGAGUAAGCCGUACAGAUGUAAACAAGAAAUCAACCCCCUUAGAUUCGCUGUAUUCUCCUGAAAUGAGCCAUUUACAGAGCAAGGGAAAACCGUCACUAAGCUCUUUACAGGCCCAGAACUCAGUGGUACCUCAACAGUCUGGUUUAGGAAUGACGCCUAUGCGACCGCCCUAUGCUCAACCAACAAUGACGCCAUCAGGCAUGUUCCCAAUGCAGCAGCAAGGCAUGAUGGGUAGUAUAAUGACGCCCCAGAACCAGUUCAACUCGACCCCAAGAGGAGGUAGCAGUUCUGCUAACGAUCUCAAAGACAUUUUCGGUUAAAAUGGUGUAUUUUCGUUAGAAUAAUUUUUAUGCAAUAUGGCAGACAUUUUGAAUAACGAAAAAAUGUUCCAUUCUAAAGUUCCCUACGCCGUCUUGAAAAGUACUCGUGCCUUUGGAUUUAAGCGUGACGGCACUUGCUACAAUAGCUAUCUAGCUUUGUAACCUCAACCGCUGUCUGACUUCGAUGCAAAGACAGAACUAUCUUAUCAAAAACGAGUCUAGAUUACAAGGGAAUCUUAUAUGAACUCAUUGCGGGAAUAGGUUUUGAUUUCUGGAAGAAAUUUUGUCAAUUUAUAAUUCUAUUUUGUCACUAAUCGUCCUUGAUAAAAGUAGGGAUGAUGGCCGUGUUGCUAAUGAGGUAUAUUGCUAAUUUAUUUUUUAAGAACACAAGAUAUAUAGGAUGAAAUCCAAUAUUAAUACGAAUAAAAUGACAGUAAUAUUACUGCUAAAGAAGACGCCCCCAAUCCGUGAUACCAAUUUGUAUUACGCACCCUUGAUUGACGUCAUUCAAUCUUACGAGCAUUCUGAUUGGUCAUAACCGGUGCGCGAGUUGGUUGUCUUACGCGCGCUCAGAAAAAAGGAGAGGGUAACAUUCUAUGAAACAGUUAGAUUCCAUUUUUCUGUCGGUGUCUGUACUGUAAUAAAUACACAAAUGAUGUCAAACUGUGAUGAGAACAACACUCACUCGAUGGACUUUGUCUCGUGGCGAACUUUUCUCUUCAAGACGUCACCUGUGAAUUCUGAGACUACAAAUAAAUGAAAGAGUGAAUUCCAUUUCUUAAAUCAUGGAUUGGGUGCGUCUAUCUAUGUCAAUAGUAAACGUAACCACUAUCUAUUCCACUUAUUUACACCGAAUUGCAAAAACGUCAUAGAGUGAAUAGAGUUUCUUCAACAAGUGAAAAAGUCUGACCAUAAAAGUGUGAUAGUCAAAUUAUUUGAUUUCUAUUAUAGACACAAAAGAAAAAUAUGAAAUUAGAGCGUGUUAAUAAGAUAAACUCUCAUUGGUUGCUGGACUUCAAAAAAGUAUCGACCUUCGUAAAAACAAAUAAAAACAUCGAGAAAAGGAAAGUAAUAACGCUCAGGAUAAACGGUUUCUUGAAAAUUUAAGAUAUUUCGUUUUCCUACAAAGAGUUUUCUAUUUCUCUGUGACAACGCUUUUGCGUUGGACAUAAUAUCCCUAGCAAAAUUAUAGAAUAAUAAAACGAAGUAGCGGUGAAA